CCGGCCGCGGUCCGGUCCGGGAUAUGAGCUCGGGGUCGCGGGGCGAGGGGCGGGCUGGACCCCCCGGGCCUCCCGGGCUGCCCCCGCUUCCCAAGAGCCUGAGCGGGCUGCUGCACUCGGCGUCGGGGUCGGGGUCGGGGUCGGGGUCGGGGGGCUGGCGCCGCCUCGACCGACUGUACGCGCAGAAAUCCCGCAUCCAGGACGAGCUGAGCCGCGGCGGGGCGGGGGUCGGGGCCGGGGCGGGCCGGCCGGCGGGGCGUCUCCGGCCCCACAAGCCCCCCAACCUGGACGCGGCGUUGGCCCUCCUGCGCAAGGAGAUGGUCGGGCUGCGGCAGCUGGAUAUGUCCUUGCUGUGCCAACUGUACUCUCUAUACGAGGCGGUCCAGGAGUUCCGCGGGGCCUGCCAAGCGGCCUCCAGCCCGGACGGCUCGGACACCAUGGGACACGCCUUCUUUGACGAAGACGAGGAAUUCUUCCUGCCCAAUGGCGGGGACCAAGACCCCCGGCCCGACUUCUCACUGCCACCCGGGGCCUUCUCCGGCGACGUCUGGAUCCCGGACUCCGUCUAGGGCUCGCCCGGGGGGCGGCAGGGUCCCCCGGGACGGCCACGCUGUCUUCUGGCUGCCGUCGACCCGGCCUCCGUGCGCGGACGCUGCCAGGCUCUCUGGGUCUGCCGGUGCCGCUUGCAAGCCGGGUGUCCCGCAGCUGGCAUCCACAGCGGGGCCACGCCACGACCCGUUAGUCGCUCCCCAAGGCUUCGGCUCCCUCCGUGACUGAGACACGGGAACACGCCACUUCCGGUGUGCUGCCUCAGGUUGCUUCCUCCCUGGAAGCUGUUCUGGGCUGAGGGGUUCUGGCUUCUGCCCGGGUCCCGUUCCUUUGUGCGAGUUCUGUCGUGAAGACAGAGUGACGGCUGAUCGCUCCUCCUUGCCAGCUGGGAUUCUGUGGCCAAUGUGGCACCCUCUUCGCCCGCACUCCAGGGAUCCCUGGGAGCGACUGGAUGGUUUGGCUCGUGGUUGGUUGCCUUCCUGACGACAACGAACACCAAAACCCACUCCUGGACCUGGCGGUCACCGGCUACUUCGUCUUCACGCAGCUGUGCCCAGGUGGGCGGGUGAGGGAAUUAGGCCGAGGAAAAGAGGCGGCUUGCCAUAGGCUGGAGGGCUGGAAGCCGUCCGGUGACACGUUUUACUGUCGAAUGUUCCAGAGCCUCUGCAAGUAAACCGACACGCUGGAACAUGUCUUCGCUGUGGGGCUUGGGUGGGCAAACGCGGCAUCUGUCUCCUAGCUUACAACAGUGACAGUCGGCCUUCAGCUAUUUUAUUUAAAUUGUUUCUUGGACCAUUAAACCCUGUCCUAGCUUCCGGCAACAACACUGACCCAAA